AUGAAGAUUUUAACUGCUGAAGAGAUUGAAGCACACAGAUAUCACACCUUGUCUGGUGGUGUUAAGGGUAUAGUCGCUGGUCUGUUAAUCUCAGGAGCAAUUUUCAAAAUUGUGCCACUAAGAUAUCCCAAAUUCAACCCAAAAGCUAUGACAUAUUCUGUCAAGACCGCUAUGUUUAUCACACCACCAACCUUGUUGGCAGCAAUUUGUGGGGAAGAGGCCUCAAGUAAGUUUGAUGAGAUUAUGUACAGCAGUGGUGCUGAAUCAAGUCAGGCCUUGGAGGAACAUAGAAGAUGGAAAAAUUUGCCUUUCAAGGAGAAGCUAGUCGAAGGCUUGUCUAACAACAGGUAUAAGCUCAUCACAGGUGCUUGGGCAGCCUCGCUAUAUGGAUCCUGGGUCUUCGUUAACAGGGAUCCAAUCAUGACAAGGACACAAAAGGCGGUACAAGCAAGGAUGUACGCUCAAUUUAUCACCGUUUUACUUCUGUUAGCUUCAAUGGGUCUAAGCAUGUACGAGCAAAAACUGCAUCCAAAUAAACAAAAGCAAAAUGAGCAACAGCGUUGGAACAAGUUAUUGCAAGAAGCUGAAGUUGAAGAGGAACGUGAAAAGGAAAGACUUAAAACCGGUUUUGCAACCAACCAGGACAGAAUCAAUGCUAAAAUUUUCAAAUAUGAUUAA